UGGAUUUUCGCUCUCAUUUUCCUGUGCUGAGUUCUUCGUUUAACUGAGAUAGCUCUCCUGGUUUCUAGGAGGUUUUGUGAAACUUCUUGGCUGAUGUGACAUAAUAGAAAGUUUGAGCCUUUAAUUUGAACUGCAGUGAAUGUUGAGCAGAUGUGCAGAAAAGUUGGGACAGAUUCGCUUCGUCAGGGUGGAAAAUCUGACCUGUGAUGUCGUUACUACCAUGCCAGUCUGUAAUUUUCCUUAAAGAAUGUCAGGACUGAGGCUUUUAUGUGGGCCACAGUUAGACAUGACAACUGUGUUUUCUUUGCAAGAGUACGACUUCGUCAUUGUUGCAGAGUUUUGAGGCUCUUUGUUGAUUUUCCUUGACGUGAUUUCACCAGACCUCGCCACUGCCGGUCUAAUGCCCUCGGUGACCGGCAGCUUCCUGCAUUCCCUCUCAGCGGCUGCUGGGGCCGCUCAUUCAAACACAUCCUUGCAGAUUAUAAACACUCGUUUUGUUGUAUGUCAUUGCGUUGUGGUACAAAGGAAUCGGUGUGAAAGCGAACAAAUCUAGGUAUUUGUAGCGGCGCUGGAUGAGUUCUAGUGGUGGACGUUUGAGCUCCCCUAAUGGAUGGACUCCCUCUUAACUCUUCCACCAGCUCUAAACAAACACUCACCAUGGUGACGCGUGACUCCAGUCCUGACAAGUCCAUAGAUAUGCAGAUUGCUUCCUGUCGGUGGUACUGUGGAAAGGCGCUUCCUGCUGUGUUGCUGCAGUGAAAAGAGAGCAGCUCUGUGGGCCGCCUGAACAGGAGUUGUGCUCCUAGAGGUUUUAAACAGGUUCAGAGUGAAAUGAACCAGGAGUACCCUCUGCUUUCCCUGGUCCUGCUUGGUUGUAUAUAUUAAGGUAUAACCUGUGUUUGAACUAUUAAAAGGAGAGAUUAUAGGCAUUUCUUUGAGAGGUUUCACAAACUUUAGCUGUUCUUGGGCGGUUGUGGUUCCUAAUCCAUUGAAUUUUGGGGUCCACUGUAAAUAUCUUAGGGAGGCCUUAAGUGUCUCUCAAUUUCCUCAAUUUCCUUAUCUUGUGUCCAAUUGCUGUCAGCCUAAAAUUGUUUUUUCAAACUUGACCCCUUGAUUCCUCUACUGUUGUAUGUUUGAAACUUUUAGUUUCUAGUAAGCAAGGAAGUAGUUCUUGGACUAUCUCGUUGCACCAAGAGUCAACUAAGAAAGACUCAUCAUCCCAUAUGUUGGCAACAGUUACUUAAGUCCUUGAAGAAACGUUCUGAGUCGUUAAAUUUGAGUUCACAAUAGAAAAAUGUUGUGACAGUGACAAAUAGUAAGAAUAAUUUAGAAGCGCUGGGACUGUCUUUAGGCCCAAAAUCUAUCAAACUAGAAAGACUGGGCUGCCUUUUAGGGGUAAAAGAGCAUUGUCAAUCUUUUUUUAAGUGUUAGGACACUCCUAGAGUUAGAUUUGUAGAAAAAUCUGACCCAUAACAACCCUACAAAUAAAAAUAAAAAAACCUACAAAUGUUUCCCAAAGCUUCGCUAAAGUCUUGUAUUUUCAUGAAUUCAGUAUUAUGGAAAGCCUACUCUUGUGAAUUGGGUGUAUUGAAACGCUGCUGCUCUUUAGCUUACUACCAAGUAUAAUGUUACGAAUCUUGUACUAACUUCAGCUUCAUCCGUAAGAUGAGAUGUUUUACAACAUUAAUGCACAAUUUUCGCAAAAGCUAUAGCGUUAACUACAGUCACAUUUAAUGUCAACAUGGUGAAGUAUAAUUAGAUCAAUAUUCAAGCAAUCAAAUUUAUGACUUCAUGAAUAUCUGAAAAAUAAUAGGAUCUCUCACAGGAACCAAUCAAAUUUAAGCAAGUGAACUUUUGUAAAAAAAAAAAAAAAAAAAGUGGUUUUUCACCACUGGCACCGACUGAUCCACCUCAGUGCACAUUACUGAAACAAAUGUCGACAGAAAUCCACAAAAACACAUUAGUACGUUUUGCUCAUUGAGCCGCUCAUUGAGAAAUCCAUCGCUGUGAAAUCUGAUGGAGAUUUGGUACUCUCUAUGGGAAAUUAAGAAUUGAGAUGACAUCCCGCCUUCAUUUUGUGAUCUGAUUAUUUGAUUAGUGGAGCUGGCGACAGUUCAGGGGUCUGCUGACAAUAGUUCAAAGGAAAAGUGACUAACUAAAUUAAAUGUCAUGUUACUUUGUUAAUCCCCAAAUGAAAUUAGCUAACAUGAUUACUCUCUUUUGUUGUUUCAUUAUCAAAGUGCUUAAUUUUUGUGGGACAGACUAUAAACAGUCACAUGUAGACACAAAUUCAACAACUGUAUCAUCAGCGUAACACCUCACAUGCUAGCUGUGCAGCAUCGUCCUUGUUGCAGUUCUAAUACAGUUCAACAUCUUGCAGAAUCAUUGCGUGCCUUUUAUCAUUCUGACCAUUAAAAGUAAUCAAUUAACAACAACAGACCACACUUUUGUCCUGCCUGAAAACCCCUGGUUGUCUUCUGAUUCUGGGUCCAUCUCGGGUUUCCUCUGAGCAGUUGCCUUCGAGCUUCGGGGGGGCACAUGUGUCAGAUGUUGAGAGUCCUUUAAGUAGUGGCGGUCAUGGGGAUUAGAGUGGGAGGUCAGUGGGGUAGUUGCUGCAGUCUGGGGGUUUAAAACUCCUCUUUGGAUGUAAACUGAACCUCGAAUAAUCCUCCGUCUGACCCCCUGGUUACUCAGAGUAUUAGGGACAUCAUAAAUCCAAGUCGAGCCCCAACUUAGAUGGACCUCUCUAUCUUGGGAAACUUGGGUUCAGAUCCGUCUGUCUGGGAGCUCUUGGCAGACGUCUGGGCACAUGUUGCCACAAAUACCAGGCACAUUAACGAUACUGGACUAGUUUUACAUCUUCUAAUCCCCUUUCGAGACGAGCCUUAGAGAAGCAAGGAAUUGUGCCUCUAGCUGGCACGCGAUUCAACCACAUUGCAGCUAGGCGAAGGUCAAAGGUUAAAUGUCCAGGUCGUGCACGCUCCAUAUUCCCCCAGCUGGUUUGGAUUCUUUCAGCUCCGGUGUGUUUUUCAACUAUAUUCCUGUCAGUGAGGAAUUAGUCUUUGCAACGGGCCGGCAAAUGUUUGACCCCGACCCCUUUGGACGGCCCGUUUGUCUCACGUCCUCGCGUCAGACCACUCCUCUUGUCAAACUCUGCCGAGACACGAGCUGUAUGAGUGCAAGAGGUGGAGCAGAGUCUUUGAAAGAGUUUUGCUUUUGUUCCUGGAGCUUUUCAUGGUGAGGCAACGAGAAAACUUGUGAUUCAUGGAUUUAACUUUAGUCCAACUCCAAUGGAGUCGGCUGUCUGCGCCCGAUCUUAUGAGCUCAUCUGUUUUACACAAUCCAAACAUACACAGUGCUAGUUUGUGCAAAUACACACACACACACACACACACACACACACACACCACCCUGCAUAAGACCACAGAUCUGGGUCACUUUGUCUGCUGGAAGAAAAAAAAAGAAAGAAGGCUGGUGUUGAUAUCGCCACAGGAUGACGUAGACCAGAGCGUGCGCUCACAUGUGUGCGUGUGCACAAAGCUCUUAAAAACACACACACACACACACGCACACACACACACACACACACACACACUUGAGAUGUGACCACAAAAGGACCAGCAUUCCUCCUAUCCCUUGCUGGGAGGGAUCACCGGGGACCGAGGGAUGGAAACCUCUCAGUGCGGCCGGCACACGUGUCAACAGCGGUCCCCUGCUUUCUCUGCUGCCCUGCCAAACUCCGGUUUGGAGAAUGACUAACAGACUCCCAAGAGGCAGCAGGGAAACCAAGGCAGGGAGGGGGGGGGGAAAGUAGAGUCAAAGAGAAGAAACAGCUUUGAGAUUUGGCCCAGAGCUGUAUUUAUAACAUGAGCACAAAGGCUUGUAUAAGCACCUUUUAAUCUUCUCUGGCAUCCCCGCUGCUCUUUUAAUGUGUGCUCAGCUUACAUUUGUUAAUGCCUCUCAUAGAUAAAAUCUCAUACUUUUGUUAACUCACUGAAAGUUUGCUUGUUUUGUCUCCAGAGGCCUUUUGGGGUUUGGAUAGGGACCCCGUGAACGAGGAGGUCCUUUAUUCUCUUCCAAUUCACCGGAAUCUGUCGUUUCAAUCACUCGACUGAAAAGAGCUGUUUUACAGCCUAAUAAAUCAAGCUAAGCUACUUAAUCUAUAAAAUUUUAUACAAAUUGUCGAUUUAAGGAAAACAACUCUGGGGAAAGCUUAUGUUACAGUUGGAACAGCAUGAGUAACUCAAAUUUGGAAAGAAAUCCAGUUGAAUAAGUUGUUGCUUGGUCAGGAAUUGCUGUGUUUCACUAAACGGUUGCCAAAGAUGACAGCUUUUGCAAUCUUUUUGGGGAUGUGUGUGAAGGAGCGUUUACUAGAAAAGUCAAGAACUUCUCAAAUAUAAAACCAUUACAGUCCUCUUGGAUAAUGCGCCGUUCCCAUCAGAGCAAUAGAGUUACUAAUCAGAUCGUCUUUUCAGAAAGAAUGCAGCCCACAAUCUAAUCAGUACACUUGUUUAAAUAGGAACGGUAAUGACAAGUAUGAAGCUUUGGCCGGACACUGUGUGGUUAAAAACUGCUGUUGAACACUAAUUUAGCUGCCGUGACACAUAUUUCCAUUUUUAGCAAAAAUCCCUACAAAACAACUCUUAGACUGAGUUGGUAGAUCAAGCGUAUCUUUCUCAGUUGAGUUGUUGGAGUUUGGUGACGCUUGUUUUCUCUUUGGGUCAUCAAGUGUAGUUAUUUACUUCUCUUUCCUGCGUCUACAAUGCUAGCUCUGUCCUAAAUAAGAUAGAUACAAUGGUGAGUAAUAAAACUAUGUUAAAUACAAAUAUGACUUGCAUGACCUGAAGAUUAUUCCAGGAUAAAGAGACAAAAGGAAGGAGUAAUCCUCAAAGGAACCAUUUGAAAGCAGUAGUCAUGCAUCCGUAAAAAUUCAGCUUUAGCCGUACGGGUGUACGAUUCAAGUACACCCGUAUGCAGAUGACGUACUUUACUGCUGAUUCGAUCACUUCAGUAGCGGAGAUGCCUUGAAAUCAGAAGUUUCUCGGUUUGAAUCCUGCUUCCUUCACAAGUCGAUGUGACUUUGGUCAAAGCACGUUAGCCUAAAGUCGCCUGCUGUUCUGCGUUUCGGUGUGCAUAAUGUGCAUUUGUGGAUGUAAGUGGGUGAAUGUGUCUGCAGUGUGACGGGAAAGUCACAUGAUAGUUAUUAGCUCUGAAGGCAAGAGGAGAUGCAACUCUGUGUUGGUAAAGUAAAGUGUUUGCUGUGUGCAUUCUGAUGAUGAUGAACAGCAAAUCAUCUCAGGGAGAUCUGCUGUGGUUAGACGAAGGGUAAUUAAAGUCAAUAAAAAUGUAACUUCCUGACUCUAGUGCCCCCUGAUUCAGCAGAGUUGAUGCACUGAGGUUAUCAGCAGUCACAUGACAGCCGGACGGCCGUUAUCCUAUCAUCCGUUGGCUGACCUCAGGUCAGCUGUGUGGGCUGCCAGAUGAGAGGCCCCAAGCUUGUUUUUCUCUCAGUCUGCAUCCGCUCGUCGUUCCGACGUUUCCCCGUCUAUUUUAACCUCCCCAUCUCCUUCUCCACAGCGUGCACACAAAAACACAGCCAGACAGCCACAUCAAUUUUCUCCUUUUCAUUUUUACAACUUCAGCCGAUGAUCCGCAGGGAGUAGGAAGCAGCCUGAGUGACCUGAUCGCAAAUCCUUUAACAUAAACAAAGUGAAAAGAGAGAAGGCCCUUUUGAAACGAACUCAUCUUUCCACAACUCAUUAGACCCCCUCUCACCCCUCCCUUCAAGAUCUACACCAGCAGCCUCCCUUCCUCCUCUCUCUGCUCCUCCCGCACACUUUUCCUCAACCUCUGCACGUCUUUUCCGAUCAUCAAAGCGGGAAACCGUAUCGAGUCCCGGGCUCCCUCAGUACGCGGCACAAAAACUUGCCGCUCACCUUUGAACUUCGCGCAUACGUGUGUCUGAAGUGACGCCAGCGGGCUGGCUGUGGCAAAACGACUUCAAUACAAUGUAGACACCAAACAGCAGUCAGCAGAAGAGUCUGAAGACCACGCUGACAGAAGGAGGGUUGGCCCAGAGGAGGACGGAGCGACAGCUGUUCUGAAAAGACUCCGGCGGAAGAUAAGAAGAGUGAAACAACUCGCGAGGGGACAAGAGGGACGGUGCGGACUGCGAAUCAUUGAUGUGAACCUUUGUGUGUCCUUCCUGCAAAGGGUUUGCCUUGUUCCUACGUCUCCUCUGGAGAAGGAUCGUGACCUCAGCUUGGCGGCAUUUACGAGACAGGUAGCCCACGCACGUUUCUCGCGUCUCAGCACCCGUCGGUAACCCUGAGCGGCCGUCAGCCAUGUGCCAUGUCAUUGUCACCUGCCGCUCCAUGCUGUGGACUCUGCUGAGCAUCGUGGCUGCCUUCAGCGAGCUCAUCGCCUUCAUGAGCACUGACUGGCUGGUGGGGUUCCCCCGCACGCACGACUCCGUCUACCCCCACCUCGCCACGGCGGCCGGUGAGGCCUACAGACCGACUCUGGGAAUCUACGGGCGCUGCAUCAAGCUGGCCCACAUGCAGCGGGGGAUACUGUGCGGACCGUACGCCGUUCACUUCGGGGAGAUUGCCAGCGGGUUCUGGCAGGCCACCUCCAUCUUUCUGGCCGCGGGGAUCCUGCUGCUGUGUGCCGUGGCGUUCAUCUCCAUCUUCACCAUGUGCUUCCAGAGCAUCAUGAAGAAGAGUAUCUUCAAUGUGUGCGGACUGUUGCAAGGGAUCGCAGGACUGUUCCUGAUUCUGGGUCUGAUGUUGUACCCUGCUGGCUGGGGUUCCGACAAAGUUCAGCUGUACUGCGGCCAUGACGCCGCCCCGUACCGCGCCGGGCUCUGCUCCAUGGGCUGGGCCUUCUACACCGCCAUGGGGGGCACCGUUCUCACCUUCAUCUGCGCCGUCUUCUCGGCUCAGGCCGAGAUCGCCACGUCCAGCGACAAAGUCCAGGAGGAGAUCGAGGAGGGCAAGAGCCUGAUCUGCCUCCUGUGAGGGUUGGAGAAGCCGCGGCGUUGUUUACCACUAAAAACCAACUCUUAUUUCGUCUCUGUCUUGUGUCGAUGUGGGAGAAAUCUGCAAGUGCCAAGUUUUAUUUUUGUUCAGUUUUUUUUUUUUUUCUUUGCCGUCUUUGUCCCUGUGACACCAGGAGGUGCUGUGUGUGUUAUUGUAUUCAUGUCGUGGCUCUGCUGUCGCCACAUGUUCUGUAAAUAAAUGUGAUUAUAUGUAUUUUGUACAUAGCUAUGAUUGCAGAAUGAUGGUCGGCUUGAUCUUGGCUGGCCCGAUGACAUCACUCUUGCCACUCUUAAAAAAUUAAUAAAUUGUAACGUGGUGAUUUUGUCACCAGAUUGUAUAACGACGUAUUAAGGCCAUUAUAGGUAGGAAAAAAGAGAAAAUUUCUGCAAAACACCCCAGAAAUUUUUUCUAAAAAAAAUAAAAAAAUAAACCUUUGGAACUUGCCUUUAUUAAGCUCAAAAUUCCUGAGUUUCUCCAUGUCAAUUUUUGACAUUUAUCGCUCACAUUUCCACGUCUUUUGGCCCAAAGCUACUUUUUUUUUUUUUUGUUAAUCUACAAUGGCUCUAAUGCACCGUUGCAAUACCACGACCAGCAAAACAUGGUUCUUUUUGUUUUACCUGUGUGCCACAAGUGAGUAUUAACUCAUCAAGGGAACCACUACUCAGUCAGAAUAAGCAGCCUUUAGCUCAGAGUGGAUGUCCCUUUUCGAGCUUCCAGAAUGUACUAUUUGAACGAUUCAUGUUUUUGUAGACCGCUGAAAUGUAUUGGUGGGAAGGAUUCACUCGGGACUGCAGGAGGACGGUCCAAUGGACGCUCUGUGAAGAAGGUUCUGGUCCUUGUUGGUCGGACCGCCUGGAAUCCCUGCACAAAAGACUCGGACUGAACGACGAGGACGCGAGGAAAUGAAGUAUUGCUGUUGUUUAGUACUGUCUGGUUUCAGGGAGUGUGUGUGUGCGUAUACGUGCGCGCGUGUGUGUGUGUGUAUGUGUGUGCCAAGUCGAAGACAGUGUCGUAUCUGUUCUGAUUUGUUUCUGCCAAACUAAUAAAGAGAAGGGAAAACUGA